UUGCUUAACGAACCUGUUCGGCCUAGCUCGCUGCCAAGAAAACCAAAAGCUUCCUAGAUUUGCAGCGCGCAGCACGAUGGCGUGGCAAUUACAGCCAACGGCGGCCACCACAAGCACAUGCUUCCGGACAUCGUCGUCGCCCGCGGCAACCGUGCGCUGCUCCUCGUCGUCUCCAACUCCGCCAGCCCGGCGGUCGGCCAACUACGCUCCUAGCUCCUGGGACUACGACUCCCUCCUCAUGCUGUCGCUCAACAAUCGCGGCCAUGCCAACCAGGUCGGACCAGAUGGGAACUUUGACAAGCUCAAGGCCGGUGUGGGGGAGCGGCUGGCAGCGGCGAGCAGAGGCGUCGCCGACCAAGCUGCGAUGCUCAGGCUCGUGGACACGGUGCAACGGCUCGGCGUCGCCUACCACUUCGAGGAGGAGAUCGCCACUAUCCUCAGCUCCAUCCACCGCAAACCUCACCGGUGCAACGGUGACGAUGUUGGUUCCGAGGCCUUGAGGUUCAGGCUGCUCAGGGAGAGUGGUUUCCCAGUAGCCUUCCGCAAAGAAUCUCUGGAAAAUCUCAGGCACGUAUCAAAGAGCUACCAAACAUCUACACUGGUAAACGAUGAUGUCAAGGCACUCCUCUCAUUGUAUGAGGCUUCAUACCUUGCCUUUGGAGGUGAGGAAACAUUGGACGAGGCAAGAGCAUUUUCUGCUAAUGCUCUUAGAAAAAUGUUACCUACCAUUGAUCCACACUCACGACGCGGUGUGGUUCAUGCUUUGAACCUUCCAUUGCACCGGAGGUCUACUAGACUAGAGGCAAGAUGGUUCAUAGAUCAUUAUGCUAGGGACGCCAGCAAUUCUGACCAGUUGCUCCUCCAAUUCGCGGUGAUGGACUUCAACAAUGUGCAAUGUGUGCAUCAGCAAGAGCUUGCGAGACUUGCCAGGUGGUGGAAGGAGACUUCCCUUGUUGGGAAACUGGGGUUCGCGAGGGACCGUCUAAUGGAGUGCUUCCAUUACUCUAAUGGAAUCAUGUGGGAGCCAAACCAUGGAGAUUGUCGUGAAGUGCUUGCAAAAGUCGCUAAUCUUAUAGUUCAAUUGGAUGAUGUCUAUGAUGUUUAUGGAACUAUUGAUGAACUAGUCCUGUUCACUGAGGCCAUCGGAAGAUGGGAAGAAAGUCCAAGCGAAAGGCUUCCGGAAUACAUGCAAGCACUCUACUCUGUCAUGUACAACACAUCAGGCGAGGUGGCUGAAAGUAUAAUGAAACAACAUGGUUGUGACACACGUUCUCUCCUUCGGAAAGCAUGGCAUGACAUGGCGAAGUCAUUCCUGGUGGAAGCGAAGUGGCACCAUGGAAAUCAUAGACCAACACUCCAUGAGUACCUGAAAAAUGGAUCAGUUUCAUCCUCUGCACCCCUGUUGUUGCAACAUGCUUUUCCCCUCCUUAGUAUGGAAGAAAAACUCACCUCAGAGUCUCUUGGUAAAGUUGGAAGCUACCCAAGAUUAGUUCAGUCAGCAUCUCUAAUCCUUAGGCUCUGCAACGACUCCGCAACACACUCCGACGAACUGGAGAGAGGGGAUGCACCAUCUUCCAUAGCUAUCCACAUGUCGGAGAACAGAUCCCGUGAGAAAGAGUCUCGCAAAGCCAUGGAAGACCUUACCAUGGACACUUGGAAGUCAAUUAAUGAAGACGCAUUCAAACACUGCAAAUUUCCUAGACCUUUUGCCAAAGCAUGCGUUAAUCUGGCUCGGAUCUCGCACUGUGUAUACCUAGGUGGAGAUGGUUUUGGGGCACCAGAUGGUCAGAAGAAAAGGCAAAUCAGAGAGUUAUUCUUGGAGCCUUUAAUGAGCGUGAAACCAUAAACGGAACCAUAAACAUACAGAACAUAGUAUUUGCUCUCGGAAAGAUGUUGUAUAGGUCUAAAUAUUUAUUCUCCUUUGAUGAUGCAAUAAAAGGCUGUCUGCAUUC